AUGCAAUCCAUUCAGGCAUAUCUGGAUCGAAAGGCCCUUAGUGCACAGCUGUCUGUACGUUCAUUGAGCCUUAAUGCCGCACAGCCUACUAAAUCAAUGCGCCUUCAUGAGAAUUUCCCGAUACAACCGAGCCGGCCAUACGGGGAGUCUCGAGUCUCCAAUUUUACAAGCCUUCCAGAGAACCGAGACACAGAACCGAGUAGCACCCAGAAUAAUCCCGAAGUGACAGAGAUACUCCACCUAGAAAAUGCACUAAGAUACGAGGCAGAUGCACAAGGGGUGGGCAUGGGGCUGGACCAGCUCAUUCUUAACAAAAUGACCGCUCAAGGAGUCACAGAUCCUACUCAGGUCCGUAGAUUUUUAACUGAUGAAGCUAUUGAGGACGUCUUGAAUGAAAGAGCGCACGUUCUCCUAACAAAAUUCAACUCCCACAUUACUGAGAUAACUCGCACAGUAGCUGAAAGCAUGGCCUCUAUGAAUAAACUUUAUGACAAUAAGGUUGAGCUGCUUUCUGCAGCCUUUGAAGCCGACUUUGCCAGGCUCUCCAACCUCUUUGCUGGUCUAAAUAAGCGCUUGGAGGACCUCAAAGCUGUUUCUGGUGUCCUUCCGAAAGAUGAUUUUACGGCCUUCUUACAAAGAUACAAGCAGCAGGAUGAAAUACCAAGCAUUAUUGAGGAGAGGAUGCUCAUUAUGGCACGGUGUGUGCAGAACCGUGUGUCAAGCCUUCGGACAUCCUUUGAGGAGCAGCAUAUCGAAAUGAAGCAUGUCAUUGCCGCUGCGACUUCCUCCAUUAAGUCAUAUUUGGAUCUAUCCUGUCCUAAGUGUUUCGAACGGUACGGACCCUCGCGCCGAAUCAUUGCCCUUGCUCCUUGCGGACAUAGCAUUUGCGAGUCUUGCUUUUACAAUCUAUCUGGGCAGGUGUAUAUGGGUCAAGUAGUCGUCCUAACCGCCAAGCGAGCUGUAUGCUCUCUUUGCAACAGCCUAAUUUCGCACGCAGUCCUCGAUAGAAUGAUGAAUGCACGCGUCUCCAGACACGAGUUAGACCCCCGUGAGGCUUAUCAGGCCAUUGCAGAGACGCUCACUCAAGUGCACAAAACGCUCAUGCAGAUUGACGUCCUGAACCCCGACGCCAUCCCCCAAAACAGCUUGGAAGCACAGACAGACACAAGUGGUUAG